GUAAGAGUAUGUAGCAAGUGUGGGAGGUUGCCAGGCUGGCCAGGGUUGCCUGAGUCAGCUCAGUCUUGGCUACACACUAACAUAGUGUCAUUUAACUUCUCUUCUCCACUCGCCUACCUCAAAUGUUUUCCAAGCCAAUCCGUCAGCUGUUUUAUGGGGUGAGAAGUGGGAAGGUGCAAUGCCUGGUGGUGAAUUCCCGUUGGUCGUCUGGCCUCACUGGUAAUGAGACCAUGUCCGAGGAUGACCCAGAAAUGUGGCAGCUUGUGCAGGAGGAGAAGUUCCGCCAGAGACGUGGCCUUGAGCUAAUUGCCUCGGAGAACUUCUGCACACGUUCAGGGCUUGAAGCUCUGGGGUCAUGCCUCAACAACAAAUAUUCAGAGGGCUAUCCUGGCCAGAGAUACUACGGUGGUACAGAUGUCAUUGAUAAGGUGAAAGUCAUUUUGUUUUUCUUUAUAAACCUUUUGCACUCAGUCACCUGCUGUUAAGCUUCCCAGGUUUUA